AUCAAUAAAUUAUCAAUCAAUCAAUCAAUAAAUUAUCAAUCUUUUAUGGUAAGUAAAAAUCUGAUGAAUCGGACGCAGCGAGGCGGCAGAGGCAGACGAACGCGGCGUGACGUCACUGUCAACAAGGCGGCGCACACGUGGGUACCUACAGUGCUGCAGACAGAGGUUAAGGAGCAAUAUCCCAAACAGCUUCCUCAUAGCCUACCACCACCUCAGCCACACAACAUGAAGGGGAAGAAGAAGGCAGCAGCUAACCAGCCUAGUACAGCCAGUGCUGGAGGUAAUGGAAUUGUAAAGAAAAAGAACAAAAAGAAUAAGUCUAUGGCUCAAAAAUUGUCAUCAAAUCCCGAACUGAAAGAGGCAGUCAUCGCAGCAUCAGGUGUUGCCAAUACGCCAGCAUCUCCCAAGAAUAUGAAGAAAAACAAGAACAAGAAGAAAAGCAAUAAUUCACAGAAGUCAUCAGAUAAUGCACAAAAGAUGGAUACUAAUUCACAAAAAACCCUUGCUGAAGUUGAUGCAUCAAUCAAAAGCAAUGGAGUGCAACAAGUAUCAAAAGAUGACUCAACAGUGGCCCCAGACCCAAAGAAGGCUGAGAAGACUGGCAAAAAGGCCAAGAAGAGGACAAAGAGUGGCCUGGCCAAGGGAAGUGUCUCCUCCACCCCAGAGAGCAACGAGGCAAAGGAACGAAGGACAGUAUUUGUAGGAAAUGUGAGCACCAAGACCACAAGAAAAAGUCUCACCCGCUUCUUCAAUAAAUAUGGCAAGGUUGAGGCAGUUAGGCUGCGGUGUGCUGCCGUAGCUGCCCCAGAGACCACCAAGAAGAUGGCUGUCAUUACGAAGACCUUCCAUGAGAAGCGCUCAUCUCUAAAUGCAUACGUGCGCUUCACGGAGGAAGCCAUGGUGGAGGAGGCGCUCAAGGCCAAUGGUGCUGAGCUGGACCAGAAGCACCUGCAUGUGGACCGCAGCAAGGCACCUGCAGAGAGAAAUAACAAGUUGGCCGUAUUUGUGGGCAACUUGGCCUUUGAGGCUGAGGAGGAGGAUCUGAGAUCACAUUUUGCCAGCUGUGGAGAGGUAGAAAGUGUACGCAUUGUGCGAGACAAGAAGCUGGCAUCUGGAAAAGGAUUUGGUUACGUCAACUUUAUGUCUGAGGAUGCUGUUGAGAUGGCGCUGCAAAUGCAUGAUCAGGUGUUCAUGCACCGGCAGCUUCGUGUUCAACGUUGCAACAAGCAGGGAAAGACUUCCAAGCCAAAACUGAAAACUAAAGGAAAGAAGGGACUCUCCUUCAUGAAACCCAAAGCUGUGUCAACUAAGAAUGUCAAAAAGCAUCCCGUUUUCUCUGGGAAGAAAAUGGUUGAAACAAAGAAGUUUAAAAAGAUGAAGGCCAAGGCAAAGUUUACCAAGGAGGACAGAAAGAAGAAGGCCAUUGCCCACAAGUUAACAGGACCCGCCACGAAGGGGAAGACGCCUUGAGACUCUUUCAGCAAAUAUCGUGCAGUGUCAUUGGUGAAAAUAAAUUAUGUUUUUGGAAUAAUAAUGUGUCAUGAAAAGAUCUUGUUAAAAGUAGAUUUGAGAAUAUAAGAUUACUCAGAGUAUUUUGCUGACAUGGGUAUUUAUUUGUCCCUCUGGUUUCAUACAGUUCAUUGUAGAGGACUAUGACUCGAAGGAAAUUGUCUCAAAUAAAUUACAGGCUAGGCUUCAAGAGCUCCAGAUUCAGAUGUUUGCAGGGAUAAAUGUAAUGAGCUGUAUUGUGAUAUUUGUUGUACAAUAAAGACAAUGUCUCUUUUUA